GUGUCCUGAACAUGGGAGGGAAACAGAAAAAAUUGAUCUUAAUCAACGACAACCUGAACCAUCCCAAACAAGAAAACGAAGAUGUCAAACAUCGUGAAUAUUCACUGAUUUAUGAAACUAAGCUGGAGAGAGAUCAAGAUGGUAACCUUAUUGGGUACAACACAAAGCUAUUUAAGAUUAACAGGAUGGAAGAAAUCAAUACACAGUGCAGCAGUACCAAACUGGGCAAAGUGGCUUUUUUGCAGUGUUUGGAGAAGAUGGAGAGGGUAAGAAGCUUUUGGGAAGAAAGAAUCAGUGAACCAGAGCCUAGCACAGAAGAUAAAGAGGUAACUAACUACAGAGAUAUUACACUCCGUCCUGUGCUUCCCACAUAUAUAUAGCUUAGUACUGUGAAAUUUCACUUUCCAUGCUAUUUUUCAUAUUUUCCAUUAAAAUACAAUGCCGUUACUGUAGUUUUGAGAGAUUUUUGAACUUGGAUGCCUAAAGUUAGGUAAUUAAAUCUGUAUUUAGGC